AUGAGCGACAGCCUGCCCACGACAGUCUUCGUAACCGUCACCACAACGGCGGUGGCGACGGUCACCACCACCGUGUUCGCGACCAACACGACGGGCCCCGCCGAGCCGGCUGGGGUGGUCGACAAGGUUCUCGGCACGAUGGCGAAUAUCCUGAACACGGUCUUCCUCUUCACCUUCUACCUUGUCUGGUUCGGCCUCCUGGGGUUCUUUAUCAUCAUGGCACUCGCUCAGUGCUGGGAAUGCCUCGGUGACGGGUGUCUUUCGGCUCUCUGCGCCCCCGUCGCCGUACCCUUCAAGUGGAUGUGGGCGCAGCUGUCGGCCGUUGCCGGGUCCGUCGGGGAUCUCGCACCCUGGUGCUGGGAGCAGACGCGCACCGCCGCACUCGGGACGAUGGGUGUCUUCGCUGGGUGGAUACCCCGCGCGCCUCGGGCCGAGGAGGACGAAGAGAGGGCCGUGCUCUUCGAGGACAAGGACGAGGAGGAGGGGCAGGGGAAGGAGUCUCACGAGGAGCCUGAAGGCGCCGGAGCUUCAUCCUCAUAG